AUGUUCACCCGCACCGCUCGUGCUACUGCCCGCUCCUCCCUCGUCGCUGGGCACCUUCGCACCCCAAUCGCACCUCCAAUUCGUACCGCGCGAGAGGCAACGCUGUCCAGUUUGGAAGCACUAUCCCAAGCCAUCAAAACCGCCCCCAGCACAAGCACGAUCUACCUCUCGGGCCAGAUCCCCGCCGACGCAAACGGAACCCUGAUUCAGGGCUCCAUGGCGGACAAGACGGCGGCUAUCAUCAACAGCACGAAGAUUAUUCUCGAAAAAGCGGGCUCGGGUCUUGAUCAGGUUGUUAAAGUUGUGGUCUAUCUUAAAGACGCGCGCGCCAUGCCCGAGUUCGCGAAAGUAUACGACCCUGCGUUCCCGCAUCGACCGGCGAGAUCUAUGGUUGAGGUGUCGGCGUUGCCGGCGGGGGUGGAUGUUCAGGUGGAUUUUGUGGCUGUUGGGGAGUCUUGA